CGUUACAUUAUUAAGUCAUUAAUCAAACAUUUCAUUUUCGGUCAGUUUAGACAAUCAAACAAACAGUUUUUUUCAUUUCAAUUUACAAUCGGUAAUCAAUCAAUCAAUUAAAUCAAAUCAAAUCUAAGAUUUAAUAAAAAAAAACGACAAUUUUUGGAUCAAACAAACAAAAAAUCAGUUUUCAAUUGAUUACUACUACUACUAAUCGACACUAAAAAACAACAGAAAAGAUGCCGUUUUAUACCAAACGAAUGGUUAGAUUCUUGGAGGGAAAAGAAGGUAAACAUAAACGAAAACACAGUCACAACAAACCAGAGAAAGGCCUACGAAUAGCGCCGUCAACUGUUGGCGCUGACGGUGGCGGCGGUGGCAGCAGUUCGGCCAAAAGCGGAGUCAAGGGUAGUAGUGUUGGCGGCGGUGGUGGCGGUGGCAGCACUUCAGGUGGCAAACCAUCAGAGGCUGAAGUACUCACUGCCGAACCCAAAGAGCAGAUCCCAGACAAUGCUUUCGAUCAGAAAAAACUACAGUUCAUGAAGACUAUGCUGAAGGCAGCGGUCGAUCGGAUCGACAAAGAAAAGGCUUCCCUCCCUGUCAGCCAUCGAUACUUUAGUCGCUAUGCCAUUCAAACGGAUAAACUUGUUGCCGAAACGGCCGCCUGUAAGGUAUACAAAGCCCAACACCAGGACUUCAAAGACAACGUAUUGGCCGUUAAGACCUAUGAAGGCGAACACGGCAUCGACGGUAACGGUGCUGUUUGGCUGAAAAUACUGAGAAUUUUAGGUAAAAAACAUCCGAAUGUUAUCCAAACGUGGGAUGUGUUCUUCAGUCCCGAAGAAAACAACAAACUAUUGAUUAUCCAGGAGUUGGCUAACAAAGGAUCGCUGGCCACACAUUUGAAUAGCAAUCAAGUGGACGAAAAACAAGCGGGCAGUUGGCUGUGGCAACUGCUCAAAGCUAUCGACUACUUGGGCGACGUCGGUGUCAGCCAUCGAUCCAUUCAACCGAAACACAUACUAUUGACUAACAAAGAUCUCAAACUCAAACUAACCGGUUUUGAAUCGGCGGCCGUCUACUGGGAUCCGGUAAAAGAGGACAUCAAAAACGUUGCCUGCGUUCCCCUUGAACAGCGGCCAACCGAUCCCAAUGCACCGUCAUUUCAGGCGCCCGAAGUUUACGGCGAUCCGGCCAAAGAAGAAUUCGAUCCGAUGGUCGCCGACGUCUGGUCUAUCGGUGCCACGGCUUACUAUAUGCUGACCAAACAAUAUCCGUACGAUAUAUCCAAAGUGGAUACCAUUUCGGCUGAUAUUCAAUCAAAUAUCUCGAAAAUUCAGGGCAUCAGCGAUGAUGGUAAGCGAUGUCUAUCGGAAAUGUUGAAACCGACGGCCACUGAACGCAAAUACAUCGACAAACUCAUGUCCGACCCGUGGCUCAAAGGAUUCAGAUAGAUUGUGGUCAGUCGUGUUUGUCAUCUUCAGAGACACUUCAUCGGUGGUCAAUCCAGUCAUCAAAUAUAUAUAUAUAUAUAUACAGUAUAUAUAUAGUUAGUAAUUAACUUUUUUUAUUACAUUCACAACUAACCAAAAAAACAGCCAAAUUGUCCUCUUAUUGAUUGAUUGAUUGAAUGAAAAAAA